UUUUCCAUUAUUAUUUUGAUUUGUUUUAAUAUGAAAUUUUUAGAUAUGCCCUUAUGUAUGUUUGGGGUGACAUUGCAAGUAUUAUUCCUUAUCUCUCUAUGAUAUCAUGGUGUGAUGGUAAAGGUAAUGUUUUUUGAACGUGUGGUGAGUGGGAGUGCAUUCUCAUUGGUGAGGCGUGGCCAAGUCGCUGUAUAAAUGAAAGCAUGUUUGGAAUUUCAUUCAUAGCAUUACCCAACACAAAGACAGCACAAACAUAAAAAACCUACCAUGCAGCAUUCAAGAGCACACUGCGUUCUCCUUUCUGUCGGAGCUGUAUUUUUUACCUCUUUUCUGGCGGAGACCGUGGCUCAACAGGAAUACGAAGAACCAAACAAGGCCCUGCAGCUCGAGGCUCUGAAAGCGAGUAUUUUAGAGUACCUGGGGAUGGAGAGUCCACCUGGACCCGGCGAAAAAGCUUCUCACCGGGACCUGGUCAGGAUGUUUCAUCAGUACAGAAGAAUAAAACAACUACUUCGAGGAAACUCCACUCAAGAAGACAAACUUCAGCAGAAGCAAAGAGCCUCCACGGUGCUCUUUCCCACUACAGUCGAGCCUCUAAACUCGACCACAGAGUUAAAGCAACAAUGGUUCAGAGUUGCCUUCAACAAGAACUCAACCAUCAACAAUGGACUAACUCUUAAACAAGCAAGACUGCAUAUUCAGAGACCGCACAGGGAUAAAAUUUCACCCAACCAGUCGUGGCUUACAAAGGACAUUCUGGUUAGGACGCAGAAGCCCUCUGGUUUUCACACAGAGGCUAUAUUUCACACGAAGGAUCUUAAUAAGCGACAUCUUAAGUUGGAUCUGACACAUGUGGUUAAGAGGUGGCUGAGAGACACCAAUGCUGAACUUUUAGUGGUUGAAAUUUGCCUCAUCAGAAAACGAAAAGCACGUGCUCAGUCCAAACCGAGGCUUAGUUUAGAACUUAACCAAUCAUCGAGGAGAGUCAGAAGAGGUGUGACUGCUGAUGAAGAUGAAAGUCUCUGCAGGCGGAGAUCACUAAAUGUUUCUUUUAAAGACAUUGGCUGGUCAGACUGGAUUAUCGCUCCUUCGGGCUACACAAUGCACUAUUGUGAUGGUUCGUGCCCGCAUAAUUAUAAACCUGCCAGUAUGCACACACAGGUGAAGUCCCGUCUGUAUCUCAUGUCUAAGGGAUCGUCGCGUCAACCCUGCUGCGUACCGGCCAGCUAUGAGCCGAUGGUACUGAUGCAUUAUGACAGUCGUGGAAAGUUAAAACUCACACCUUUCAAUGAUUUGAUAGUCAGCGAAUGCCAUUGUGCAUGAGUGUAAAAUCCUGCAAUCCACUGACUAUUAAAGUGCUAAAUCAGGGGUGGGGAACCCUGGUCCUGGAGGGCCAUUGUCCUGCAGAGUUUAGUUCCAACCCUAAUUAA